GAUGGGGAAGCCGUAGGGAGUUUGUAUCAUGGCAGCAGGUGAGGGUGAACUGGGACUGUUUGACAUCAGAUACAGUGCUGAAGCUUCCUCUUUCAAGGAAGGUGAUGAGAGCUCAGUGGAUAUCUAUGAUGACUUGGACAACAGUGUGUCAGCUCCUGACAAUUCUGCUCCAAAUUCUACACCAUCUAGGAGCAGCUUAAAUUUAUUUGAUGAGUUAUUAAUUGAAGAAGGGGCUGCAAGGAAGGCAUCCUACGACGAGUUGCAGGCAGAAUAUGGAAAAUGUCAGCUGCAAAUUAGAGUGUUGUUGAAGAAAUUUAAAGAAAUACAGGCACAGAAUAUCAUUCUACACAAUGAAAACCAAGCUCUCAAAAAGAACAUUUCAGCCCUUAUCAAAACAGCAAGAGUGGAAAUCAACCGUAAGGAUGAGGAGAUCAGUCACCUCCAUCAAAGGCUCUCAGAAUUUCCCAGUCAUCGAAGCAGCUUCACCAGAACAUACCUUCCAGGAUCAGCUAAACCAAAAGUACCAAGACCUUCUGAGUUGGGUGACAGUAUAAAGAUGGAACAGAGAAUGAAAAAUGACUGUUCAAAAGAGACACAUCACAGUUACUCAUCUCAUAGUAUGGACAAGGAGAAGUCUGGCUCUGAAAAAAGAAACACUCCAUGUGUGCUGAGGUAUCCUGAGGAGGUCUGCAGUGAUGGUCCUCGAAUGUGUCCACUGAGCUAUGACGAUGCUUCCAACAAGGAUAACAGAAAGGAAAGGAAAGAAAUGAAAAGUAAUGAACAGUACAGUAAGGGAAAUGUCGACAAAUACAAAAGAGAGGGACAUCAACUCCCUGGAAAUGAUGAUGACAGUGAAGAGGGGAAUUCAGGUCCUCAGCAGAAGCUGAAAGCCCUUCCAGAGAGGGCUAAUAAAAGUGAGUUGCAACAAAAAACUCAGAGCAUGAAGCUCAAAUGCAGUCCAAGUGUGGAAAAAAGAGUAGAAAGGAACUCCUGGGAGAAGCAAACAGCUGGUAAAGACAGAUUUCCAUCCAGGCAUGAAUUGUAUGCUGAUGAGAGAUUACAAAAAGGCAUGAAAGCAUAUGAUAAAGGUGAAAAACAUGCUGGCCAAAAAACCAAACCCACUGAGAAGGUGGAAGAACAACCAAGAAGGUCUAGCAGGGGGAACAGUCCACACUCCAAGAGUGACCAUUCAAAGAGUCUUCAUGAGUCACGUAAAAGUCGUGUGGAAGAGCCUAGAAAAGCAAAACACACAGACUGCAGGAGGGACAGGGGGCCAAAUGAUCAUCCCUCUCGAGAAGGAAGGGCCUCACCCUCUAAUGCCAACAGCAGAGAGCAUAAAUACUCACGCCUGAAGGAAAGUGGUGGUAGAUAUGAAUGCGAAACAGCACAUUCCAAGUCAGAAAGACACAGAACUGAAGAGAAAAGGAAAAGGAAAAGGGAGGAUCAGGAUGAAAAUAGACAUUUUAGAAGUGAAAAAAAAGUUGCAAGAGAAGUUUCUCACCAGUCUGUAAAGGACUUCAAGAAAGGUACAGACAAUACAAAAAGUGAGGGAGAGAAACCCUAUAAGCUGAAAAAAACAUCCAGUGGGGCAAAUAAUUUAAAAGGCAAUAAAGUUCCCAAAAUCAAAGUUAAUCACUGUGGGACAAAAAACAAAGACUUAAAACUUAGCUUUAUGGAGAAGCUCAAUUUAACUCUUUCUCCUGCUAAGAAGCAAUGUCUCUCUGCAGAGAAUGAACUUACAACACCUUCCCAAAAAGCCACUGAUGGGGCACGUACUGAGCUCACACUGCAGGCAGAGCUCUUGGAUUCUACCCACCCUGUGGGCUGUGGUCCCACAGCACAAACUAACUCAACACUCCAAGCUCUGGGCAGUGCAGCUCAGAGCGAUGUGGAACCAGCACAGUCUGAGAUGUUGCCAGCAGUGACAACUGAUGGAUUGAGCUCACAAACUUUACCAGAAGUGGGUCAGAUACAGCCCCAAGCCUUGCCAGGAGCAGCAGAGGUGCUGGUUCCUGGUGAGAUGCAGGUGAAAACUUUAUCAGAAACAGAAGAGCCUUGUGGUCUGGUUGGAUUGGAAGCCUCAGGAGCAGCAGUGGCAGCCACAGGCCUGAGCCACCCUAAACCUCUGCCCCUGGAGGUGACAGGGAGUGUGGCAGUGUGUGAAAACUUGCCUGGGACAGUGGGUGAGAAGGUACCAGCAGCAGGAGUGGCACAAUCUGCCAGUGAAAGUGUGAGAGCCCUUCCAGAGUCAGCAGAGAAGAAAGAGGAAGGCGAAAUAUGGUUAGCUACAGACAUACAAAGCUCCACAGACCAAUGUGGCUCUCAAAACGUUGACUUGGAUGACUCAGAAGUCAGAAGUUCUGGUGACCUGGAGUGCUCUGAUGUUGCAGAUGGUGUUAGCAAAACAAAACCAGACUCUUUGAUGGAAGCAGUGAGGGAGGCUGAUCCCUUUGAGGAAAAAGGGAUCUGCAAAACUAGCAUGAGUACAUCUCAAUCACUUGACAGAACUACCUUAACUGCUGAGGAUGAACCACUAAUGGACCAGAAUGCUCGUGAUCUGGAGCCAGACCUAGCUGACAUUGGUACUGCAACAACAUCUGCUCUCAGUGGUGAGAUGUAUCCCAGAACUAAAGAGAGAGAACCUAACCCAGUUCCUGUUGAUGACGAGAGCUCAAUACUGAGCAUUGACCUCAACCACCUGAGGUAUAUCCCAAAGGCAAUCAGCCCCCUGAACAGCCCAGUGCGCCCUUUGGCCAGAGCACUGAAGAUGGAAAGUCCCUGUAAAGGCAUUGUGAAGACUUACAACAAAGAUUUAGUCCCUGAAAGUGCAGUUGUCAUCUCUCCCUCGAAGAAUUUGUCUAAGGAGGUGAACAAAGAAAACCAAAAGCCAAUUAGUAUGUCUGAUAAACACCUGGAGAUGGAGUGUCAACUAAAUAUCUCUUCAGAUGAGAUAGAAGAAGGAGAAAUCAUAAGCAGUGAUGAAGAUGAAGAAUCUAAACCAGAAAGAGACUCUGAAAAUGCAAAGAAGUCAAGGCCAAAACCUUCUUCUGAGGCACGAAAUUUGACCUGCAGUCCCCAAAAUCAGAGCAGCAAAACUGUGCAUUGCAGUGAGGAGAACGGGAAGUUUGUGCCUGUGAAGGAAAGCACACAGAAAAACAGAGAGAGGCACAAAAAUCAGACUUUCAGGUCUCCAAGGGAUAUGAAGAAAAGCAAAACUGUGAGCAUUGCUUGCCUGGAGAAGAUAGUUCAUGUUAUCAUUGAACCUUCAAAUAUCCAUGAAAUUAUGCAGAUGUUAAGAGCUAUACGAAAGCAGAUGAGGAAAAGCUACAUGAAGUUCAAGGUGCACUUCCCAGUUCAGCAUUUCCACAGGAUUAUAGAAUCUGGGAUCAUAAAUUUUACAGCAUUAAUAAGGUACUUGAACUUUUCCAAGAUGUGUGCGUUGGGGGAUACCUUAAAACUGAGUAUCUGUGACAUCAUAGAGUCCAAACUCAAGCAAAUGAAAAAAAAUGCAGUAGUGGAUCGUCUGUUUGAGCAGCAGGUGUCAGAUAUGAAGCACCAGUUGUGGAAGUUUGUGGAUGAGCAGCUUGAUUACCUGUUUGAAAAGAUCAGGAGAAUUAUCACCCAGCUCUGCGAUGUGAGAAAUGAGAGCGAGGAAGGGAAGCUCCAAAGGGCAGAGAAACAAAACCACAGGAUCAGUCAUAAAAAUGAUGUGCAGAGACCUAGGAGAAAGUCUCUGACAGGCAGUUCUCAAAAGCCUGAAGAAUAUAUCCUUUCCAAGCAAAUUGUGGAUUAUCAACACCCUAAGUGUCACCACGACAGAAAUAAAACAGGCACACCAAAAACUGCCUUGACAAAAUGUCUUAACUCUAUUGAUAACACCAGGAAUUCCCAAACAAAAGUGCACUUCCCUAAGGAGAAUAAUUUGCAGGGCACUCUUACUCCACUGAAGGAUGUGAAACAGGAAAAGGAAGGAUUCCAGCUCUCCAGGGAUGCCAGCAAGUCUGAGCUUAGCUGUGAGCUUCUCACGGAACAACAAGCAUCCAGCCUUACAUUUAAUCUCGUGAGCGAUGCUCAGAUGGGUGAAAUUUUCAAGAGUUUAUUGCAGGGUUCUGAUCUCUUGGAAAAAAACGGUGGCAAUAGCAGCAGAAAUGAGUUUGAAUUCAGGACUCCAGAGAAACAGUUCCCAGACAGUCAGAAAUGCAAAGGGAUUGCUGUCGAACUGGGGCAGGGGAUUGCUCCGAAGGAGGUUUGUGUGGAAUCCAAACCUGUGGAGGAUAUCAAGUGGUCUGUUGUUUCCCCUGUCAGAGCUCCCUCACUAGCAUCCAGGCCUCGGAUGUCUGUUGAUCCAGAUGUGCUGGAUGAGAGUUGUAUGUUUGAGGUUCCUACAGACUCACCUUCGUGCAAGGAAGAUGAAUGCAAUUCCCACAAGAGUAAGUCAUGUGUUUCUUCUAUCCUCCUCGAGGAUUUGGCUGUUUCUUUAACUAUACCAUCACCUUUGAAAUCAGAUGCUCACCUCAGCUUCCUAAAACCUGAGAAUACCUCCAGCUCACCCCCUGAGGGUGUCCUCAGUGCCCAUUACAGUGAGGAUGCACUUCUCGGAGAAGAAGAUGCCACCGAGCAAGACAUUCACUUGGCUUUGGAAUCUGAUAACUCAAGCAGCAAAUCCAGCUGCUCCUCCUCGUGGACAAGUCGUCCUGUUGCUCCUGGUUUUCAGUGUCGCCCCAGCUUGCCCAUGCAAGCAGUGAUCAUGGAGAAGUCCAACGAUCACUUCAUUGUGAAGAUCAGGCGUGCGGUGCCGUCUACGUCGGCGUCGGAUCGUGUGGCUGCAGGCAAGGAGGCAUGGCCAUCCUCAGCCAAGGUGGGGAAGGAAGAAAUGAGUGAGGGGAAGGAAAGGCACAAGCAGAGUGCCCCAACCCCCACAGUGCAAAGAACCAUCAAACCAGAUCUGCUUGAGGUGGCUCAGUUGCCUGAUGUCAACGCUGAGCAAGAUGAAAAUCCUGCCUUGCCUCAGCCUCUGAAGGAGGCACAGAAGAACAUUGGAAAGGAAGAAAUUACCGAGCUGCUUGGGCCUUAUAGAGAAUCUUCAAGCACAGAGAGCUGUGACACUGAGAGCCUGGAUAAAGGCUCUGAGCAGCCUGAGGCACACAGGCUGGAAGUCAAUGAGAACGUGGAUGAAACGGGUGUUAGGGCUCAAACUACUUUUCCUGCUGGAUGCAGUAUAAAGUCCUACACAGACUUAACAGCUGGUAUUGUUAGUGGAGCUUCAUGUUGUGCAGUGGAAUCCAGGGCAGAUAAUGGGACUCAGGAAACUCCUGCAGGGAGCUCAGAAGUCAGUGAUAAAAAGGAAGAACUGGAGGAGUGCUCGGAUGCAUCUGUGGACUUAACAGAAGAGCUUUCCAGUGGGGCUGGAGCAGGUGAAUGUCAUCUUGAAACCAAACCCACUUCAAAGGCAGAUGGAGGAUGCCAGAUAAGUACAGAUGAUAAAACCAGUAAGAAGAGGAAAAAGGAGGUUGUAAAAGAGAACUUCAACUCAAAAAGACAACAGAAAGAAACUGAAUCAGCAAGUGAAGGGAGUGAUGAGAGGUGUGAAGAUAGAAAUUCACCCAAACACUGUUCCAGUAACAACAAUGAGCUGCAGCAAAACAAAGACUCUUCUCCUUUGGCUUCAUCUCCAUCAUCACCUAGUCUGUAUGCCAAAAACAUCAUUAAAAAGAAGGGAGAAGUAGUAGUUUCCUGGACAAGAAAUGAUGACCGAGAAAUUCUCCUGGAAUGUCAGAGAAAAGGACCAUCAAGCAAAACAUUUGUCUCCUUAGCCACUAAGCUGAACAAAAGCCCAAAUCAGGUUUCAGAAAGAUUCAAGCAGUUAAUGAAGCUGUUCAAGAAGUCCAAGUGCAAGUAA